AUGGCCCGAGGAUCCUCACAGGAGCGCAAGAACAUUUCCAACAACGCCUCUCGAUCUUCGAACCAAAUCAUCGCUGUCUUGAACAGCCCUGCCACCUCGGCCUCGCCUUCUCCCGAACCUCAUCUCGUCUCAUCAUCCACCAUGGUGGGCCGCAAGAACACUAUGCGCUACAGCCCUCAGACAGAGCUUCCGUUGCCUGUCACAUACACCCCCACCACCCACCGAAUUAGCAAGGCAAAGAAGGGCAAGCGCGUACAUGCUUGCGAGUAUCCCGGUUGCAACAAGGUCUUCACCCGCGCCGAGCACCGGAGACGUCACGAAUUGAACCAUAAUCCAGAGGCUUCCUACCGGUGUACACACCAUGGCUGCAGGAAGGCCUUCCACCGGCCAGAUCUGCUUGCACGCCACAUGGAAAGACAUGAACUCGAAUCGCAGCCUGAACCAACCCAAUGGACUCCCCAGACCUCAACUCCCCUUGUGAACGACUCGACUUCUGUCCCACGCUGCAUGCCCAUGGACGGCGGAAGUAUGCUGGCUGGUGCCUCCCAGCAGUCGCACUCGAUGUCUAUCGGCUCAAUCGUGGCUCCUGGAAUUCACCCGGACCUGGCCAACAACUGCUCGCUGAUGUGGAACGGCAUGGACCUGCCUCUCCAGCCGCGCCCAGCGGCCAACCUGUUCCAGAAUCAGCUCCCCGAGUCCGCAGAUGACAGCCCAUUCUACUCCUCGCCCGCAGAGACCUGUCCCUCCCCUCUAUCGGACGUUGCCUUCUCCAUGCCUCCUCACUCUAGCUCUAUCUCCUCGAUCUCUUCAGCCGGCACCUCCAUCAUCGAUCAGUACCCCAAGGGUCUCUUGAAGGCCGACGUGACCUCCUCCCCCACUACAGAUGCACUCGCCUUUGCGAUGGGACGGCUCCGACGCGGGCAUGCCGCCUUCUCACCUCGUGCCGAUCUCGCUGGAGGAGAGCCUACUCCAGCCGCCAGUCCAGUGCCAGUACCCUUCUCCCUCCUGGUCUAG